GCUCAACUCAGCUCCUAUUUCAUCACCAAAAACCAAAAGAAAUCUCAUUGUUGCAACUGAAGUCAUCUGAAACAUGGCAGCAACCAACAUUUCUCAUGGUUUCUUCACUGUUCUUUUCCUUUUAGCAAUUGUUAACAUGUCAGAGAUGGCAUUUGCGAAAUGGGAUAUAACCGAGAUCUUGUCAGUGAGUGGAAUAACCGGAGCAGAAAUAUGUAAAGCCGGUGACAUAUACAACGUCGUUUUAUGUGGUCCGACGCAUAACUGCGGAUGCUGUACAAAUUGGUGUAAUAAUAAAUGCCGUGAAAUGGGCAGUUCAGUGAUGAAUCAAAAGUGCACACCAUUUACAAACCCUCAAGGUUCUCCUACCCUAACAUGUGAGUGUUGCUGCAAAAACAUGUCUCCUCCUUCCCCAUCCCCACCACCUCCAUCACCACCACCUCCUCCCCCAUCCCCACCACCUCCACCACCAUCACCACCACCUCCUCCACCCUUCUGUUGUCCAGCAGAGAUGAAAAUUCAAGUAUCACCGGAUCAAGCACCUUGCAAGUACACACUAUCUCCGUCGAUCACUACCAACACCAACGAAUACUACUAGGUCACUACUAUCUGCAACGUAGAAAAUUUGCUUAAUAUGUUUUUACUUUCAAUAAGGGAUGCAAGAUUAUUGCAGCUCGUUUCAUUUAAGUUGUUGUUGUCUUGUUGCUUGCUUUAGCUGUGUAUAGUACUGUUCUUAUAUUGGUCCAUACAUAUCUAAAUAGAAUCUGUCAUAUCGGACAUUCGGACA